UGCGUUUGUCAAAGCACGGACUUCCUGUUUUGCCUGCUACCAUCUCCCUGUAACUCUCCCAAUCUUCGAGGAGUGAUCCCCGGCCCAGCCCCUGGAAAGAGGCAGGAACGACAAACUCAAAGUCCAGAGUCCAGCCUGUUACUGUGAAUGGAACCGAGAUUUGCCCUCUACCCUCACCUAAGCUCUGAUCCUACACUGCCGGCAAUAGGCGGCUCAUCUGUUAUCCAUUGUGUAAAUGACUAGAGGAUGUUCACCAUGACAAGAGCCAUGGAAGAGGCUCUUUUUCAGCACUUCAUGCACCAGAAGCUGGGGAUCGCCUAUGCCAUACACAAGCCAUUUCCCUUCUUUGAAGGCCUCCUAGACAACUCCAUCAUCACUAAGACAAUGUACAUGGAAUCUCUGGAAGCCUGUAGAAAUUUGGUCCCUGUAUCCAGAGUGGUGCACAACAUUCUCACCCAACUGGAGAGGACUUUUAACCUGUCUCUUCUGGUGACAUUGUUCAGUCAAAUUAACCUGCAUGAAUAUCCCAAUCUGGUGACGAUUUACAGAAGCUUCAAACGUGUUGGUGCUUCCUAUGAACGGCAGAGUGGAGACACACCAAUCCUAAUUGAAGCCCCAACUGGCCUAGCAGAAGGAAGCUCCCUCCAUACCCCACUGGCGCUGCCCCCACCACAACCCCCUCAACCAAGCUCUUCACCCUGUGCGCCAAGAGUUAGUGAGCCUGGAACAUCCUCGCAGCAAAGCGAUGAGAUCCUGAGUGAGUCGCCCAGCCCAUCUGACCCUGUCCUGCCUCUCCCUGGACUCAUCCAGGAAGGAAGAAGCACUCCAGUGACCAAUGAUGAGUUAACAUCCAAAAUGAAUGAGGAAGAAGACUCAGAAGAGAUGCCCAGCCUCCUCACUAGCACUGUGCCAGUGGCCAGUGACAACCUGAUCCCCCACAUAAAAGAUAAAGAAGACCCCCAACAGAUGCCCCACUCUCCCUUGGGCUCUAUGCCAGAGAUAAGAGAUGAUUCUCCAGAACCAAAUGACCCAGAAAAGCCCCAGGAGGUGUCCAGCACACCUUCAAACAAGAAAGGAAAGAAAAGAAAAAGAUGUGUCUGGUCAACUCCAAAAAAGAGACAUAAGAAAAAAAGCCUCCCAAGAAAUGCAGCCUCACCUAGACAUGGAAUCCAAAAGAGGCUCAAAAUGGUGGAUCAGGUUCCUCAAAAGAAAGAUGACUCAACUUGGAACUCCACGGUAGUGACAAGGGUCCAAAAGGCGAGAAAUGAAUGUGCCCGAAACUCCAGAUCAGAAGAGAUCACUGAUGACACUUCAAAAAUGAAUGAAGGAAAGAGGUCCCAGAAGACGCCUAGCACACCAUCAAGGGUCACACAAGGAAAACCCAAAAGUGACACUGUGGAUUUUCACUGUUCUAAGCUCCCCGUGACCUGUGGUGAGGCGAAAGGGAUUUUAUAUAAGAAGAAAAUGAAACACGGAUCCUCAGUGAAGUGCAUUCAAAAUGAGGAUGGAACUUGGUUAACACUCAAAGAAUUUGAAAUGGAAGGAAAAGGAAGAAACACAAAGAACUGGAAUCGGAGUAUACAUUGCGGAGGAACGACCCUAGGAGAGCUGCUGAAGAAUGGACUUUUGCUGUGUCCUCCAAGAAUAAAUCUCAAGAGACAGUUAAAUAGCAAGUGAAUUUCUACUACCCUCUCAGUCACCAUGUUGCAGACUUUCCCUGUCUGGAGGUUCACCUUAGAGCUCCUGAGUUUCCCAGCUCUGAGUCACCUCCACAUUUGGGCAUGGCAUCUUCAAAACAAUUAAUUUUCGUAGUUAAUUUGGGAUGGGGAAGCAAAUGACUCUAAAAUAAAAAUUAAAUGAUAAAGCUCA